AGUCGGCCCCGUGGUACUGAGGUAGCUGACGCCGCUGCUGCCGCCGCCGUCGCCACAGCAGCCCGGCUUUGGCCAUGAAGAGGAAACAGAAGAGGUUUCUGCAAAUGACGCUGCUCUUCACCGCGGCUCUGAUUUUCCUGCCUGACAUCGGCCUCUGGUCUCUCUACAAGGAGAAGCACCUGGACAGUAGUUCAGGAUGUUCCGGUUCUGCUUUAAUCCCAUCUGUGCCUAGUGGCUUUCACAAGAAGAAGAAAAAACUCUUUACCUGGACUGAUGGCUUGAAAAGGAAGGACUGGCAUGAUUAUGAAAGCAUUCAAAAAGAUGCUAUGCGUUCAGGGAAAGGCGAACAUGGAAAGCCGUACCCUCUUACAGAGGAAGACCACGAUGAUUCUGCCUAUAGGGAAAAUGGCUUCAACAUAUUUGUUAGCAACAAUAUAGCACUGGAACGAUCGCUGCCAGACAUCCGACAUCCUAACUGUAAGCACAAGGUGUACUUGGAAAAGCUACCAAACACUAGCAUAAUUAUACCAUUUCAUAAUGAAGGCUGGACUUCACUCUUGCGAACAAUACACAGUAUUAUCAACCGCACUCCAGACAGCCUGAUAGCAGAAAUCAUUCUUGUGGAUGACUUCAGUGAUAGAGAACAUUUAAAAGAGAAGCUGGAGGAAUACAUGGUCCGUUUUGCCAAAGUGAGGAUUGUACGUACCAAGAAACGAGAAGGGCUCAUUCGGACCAGACUACUAGGAGCCUCGCUGGCUAGAGGAGAAGUCUUGACAUUUCUGGAUUCGCAUUGCGAAGUCAACGUGAAUUGGCUGCCUCCCUUGCUUAAUCAGAUUGCACUAAACCACAAAACCAUCGUGUGUCCUAUGAUCGAUGUCAUUGACCACAAUCACUUUGGCUACGAGGCACAGGCGGGGGAUGCCAUGCGAGGAGCUUUUGACUGGGAAAUGUACUACAAAAGAAUACCGAUUCCUCCAGAGCUCCAGAGAGCUGACCCCAGCGACCCCUUUGAGUCUCCUGUAAUGGCUGGAGGUCUAUUUGCCGUUAACCGGAAGUGGUUUUGGGAGCUGGGAGGCUAUGAUCCAGGAUUAGAAAUAUGGGGAGGAGAGCAAUAUGAAAUCUCCUUUAAGGUAUGGAUGUGUGGAGGUGGCAUGUUUGAUGUUCCAUGCUCUCGAGUUGGCCAUAUCUACAGGAAGUACGUCCCAUAUAAAGUCCCUUCUGGAACCAGUUUAGCACGGAACUUGAAGCGGGUGGCAGAGACAUGGAUGGAUGAAUUUGCAGAAUACAUUUACCAGCGACGGCCUGAAUACAGACAUCUCUCAACUGGUGAUAUCUCUGCCCAGAAGGAACUUCGCAAGCACCUUAAAUGUAAAGAUUUCAAGUGGUUCAUGGCUGCAGUGGCAUGGGACGUCCCCAAAUAUUACCCUCCUGUGGAGCCUCCACCUGCUGCCUGGGGGGAGAUUCGAAAUGUGGCAGCCAAUCUCUGUGUGGACAGUAAACAUGGAGCCACAGGGACUGAACUGAGACUAGACAUCUGUGUGAAGGAUGGCUCAGAACGGACGUGGUCACACGAACAGCUCUUCACUUUUGGUUGGAGAGAAGACAUCCGCCCCGGUGAGCCGCUUCACACCAGGAAGUUCUGCUUCGACGCCAUUUCGCACAGUAGCCCUGUCACACUGUACGACUGUCACGGGAUGAAAGGAAACCAGCACUGGAGCUAUAGGAAGGACAAAACUUUGUUCCAUCCGGUAAGCAGCAGCUGCAUAGAUUGCAACCCAGCUGAGAAGAAGAUUUUCAUGAACAGAUGUGAUCCUUUAUCUGAAACUCAACAGUGGAUUUUUGAACAUAUUAAUAUGACUGUUUUAGAAAAAUUUAACAGCAAGGCCAGUUCCUAG